AUGGAGUCGAAGGAUGAGGAGAGUUCAGUGAUUGAGACGCCAUUCAAGAGGCGGGCAGAAGUGCUCAAACGGUUGAAAGAGCAGAUGCUUCUGGAGAGCACGCCAGGCUUGAAGAAGAGGAGAGUAUUUGAUGUUGGUAACUUAAAGAACUCACCGAAUGAGUCCCGAAUGUUUUUGAAGGAGCUGGAUUCUGCAUUGGCGUCGCGGGGCGAUGGGAAACAGCACGGCGUAUCAAACUUGCAGGACAAGUUACUAGAUGCUGAGGAGACCCACGAGGAUAAUGAGCCAGAUGCUUACCGGGACCCGAGCUCCAUACAAGAUCAACAGCAAGAGUCUCUAUCUGUGGCGGUAUUCUCGCAGAUUAAAGACACAAAGGCCCGGAAACACGUCAAUUUACAGGAUGAGUCGUUUGUUAUACAGGAUAACGAGCCUAAUUUCAACGAUAUUGGCGGUCUUGAUGACCAUAACGAUGACUAUAACGAUGUACAGAUACCUUCUUCGCCAGCUCAGAUAGAAACCACCAUUGAAUCCCCGGAACGGAUCGUAGCGGACUCGAGCCUUCACUAUAUUCCAAGAGUGCACAGUCCCACGGGCAAAUAUGAUGAAAGAGAUGUAUUCCAUAACUACAGUACAGAUGAAGAAUCCAUCAACGAAGAACAAGAGAUAGAAGAAAGUUACAAAGAGAGCUUGCUACAAGUACCUGAACUCCGAAAAAUUGUGGAAAGCAUUCCUGGUUUACAAAACAUAGACAUGCCAAGACGGUCCUGGAAAGCCUUAGGUAGUAUCAUCCCUCAGUUAAUAGCCAACAGCGUGCAAUGCUAUGAAAGUCAAAAUGAACAAGACAUGAGAACACUUAAUGUCAACUAUGCAAAUGUGAAGGACAUGCUAGUUAGAUACAACUUGUGCCGCAGCGAUUGCACAAAGGAGCAGGUCUUUGAAACUGCGUGCAAUUAUCUCACCUUGGAGCAAUGUAACCUUCUAGAGCUAGAAAUGUUUUCUGAAUUUCUACAAUAA